AUGAAAUAGUUUACUUAAAAAGAGUUGGAAACUAUUAAAAAGAGGUUCUCUUCUAUGUCAAAUAAUGGCUUAGUUAACUAUAAAUAGUUUUAAAACACUAUGGGUAUUUUGGGUUUAGAUCAUGCUACUUUUUUACUUGAUAGGAUUUUCAAUGUAAUAAGUGAAGGGAAAAAAGUAUUCAGUUUAAAUCAAUACAUUAAUUAUUUAUAAUUAGUUAUGUUUGGAAAUGAGUAAUAAAAGGCUCAAUUAAGUUUUGCAUUUAUUGAUUUAUAAAGAAAAGGGUAUAUUGAAUAUAAGGAAUUUUAAUAAAUGUUAUUGGAUUUAACAAUGUUUUGGAAUCAAAUUACAGGAUCAAGAGUUACUCCAAGAUAAACAUAUAUUGGAAAUUUAUGGGAUUAAUUUGAAUGUGAAAGGUUGGACUUUACAUAAUUUUAUUAAAAAUAUGAAUUAAUACAAGAAAGUAUUGAUUGGUAUGAGUAUUUUAAUGAAACAGAAAUCUUAUUACAAAGUUGUCCAUAGACAAAUAAAGCAUUUAUUCUAUAAAAUAUGAUUGAUCAAUUUUAGAAUGAAAUAAGAAAUUGUGUUAAUUUAUUAUCAGAUUAUGAGAGAAAUAAAAAGCAGAUUAUAGAUGAAAGCUUUGUUUAUGGUCCAUGCAAUUUUAGUACUAGCCAAAUAGCUAAGAAUGGAGAUGAUGAUCCAAGUUUUGAAAUAAGUUUUUUGUCUAAUAUUCAAACAAAUUCUUUUAGUAUGUCUAAUUCAUCUGAUCAUCCUUUAGAUUAAGUAUUAAAUAGAUUAGAAUAUUUAUAAUAAAUGAUUGAAUAAGCAAUUAAUUUACCUUAAGUUGUACAACCAUAUUAUUUUAAAAGUCCUGCAAGACUUAGUACAUAAAGAAAAAAGAAUACUAUAUUGAAUAUGCCAAAAAGAAAGGCAAAAUAGAAAUUAUCUGUUUAUUUUGGACAUGAGAAUUGGAAUUUAAUAUUAAAUUUAAUGAUAGGGAUGAAAUAAGCAUUAUCAAAUAUACAGCCUGAAUUUUAUGGUAAAAUUGCAUUAUAACAUGAAUUUGCAGAGAGAUAUGUUUAUGAUAUUUUAUAGAAUAGAUGCAGUAAUUUUGAUUUUAGAAAAGCAUAUUAAUUUAAAGAUUAUGCACCUUCAAUUUUUUUAAGAAUCAGAAGAUAGUAUUAAUAAUUUUUAUAUAGAUUUUAGAUAAGUAAUAAAGACUUUUAAAGAUCUGUAGGUCCUGAAAAUUUGAUAGGUAAUUUAGUGUUUGGAAAAUUGGAUUCAUUAACAGAAUUAGGAUCAACUGGUAAAAGUGGAAGUUUUUUCUAUUAUACAUAAGAUUGUAAUAUUUUUAUAUCUAUUCCUAUUAGGUUAAUAUAUGAUUAAGACAAUAUCAGAAAAUGAAGCUAGAUUACUAAGAAAAAUACUACCAAAAUAUUAUAAAUAUAUUUAAGCUCAUCCUUAUACUCUUUUGAGUAGAAUAUUUGGAUUGCAUCAAUUAAAAAUAUUUAAAAGCAAAACUGAAUUUACUAAAAUUUAUUUAGUUACAAUUGUGAAUAUUUUUAGAUCUGGUUUAGAUAUUGAUGUUCGUUAUGAUAUAAAAGGUAUUAUUAAUAUUAGAUUAAAGGAUCUCUUUAUGGAAGACAAACAUAAACCAAUUCUAAUUAAUAAGGUUAAGAUAAUACAAUAGCUUUAAAGGAUCUAGAUCUUUUAUCAAAAAAGGAUUAUUUAAAUUUAGAACCAUAAGAUUAAAAAUUACUUAUCAAGACCAUAAUAGAAGAUUGUUCAUUUUUGAAAGAUAAUGACAUAAUAGAUUAUAGUCUAUUAGUUGGAUUUCAUAAAAGAGAUAUUAGUACAAGAUUUUUAAAUUUCAGAUAGGUCGAGCUUAUAUGGUUAAUAGAUUUAAAACAAUUCCCAUCCAUUUGAAAGUUUUGAGGGAGGAAUAUUAUCAAUGGAUAAAUAAUGGAUAUAUUUUAUAGGCAUAAUUGAUAUUCUAACUCUGUUUAAGUAAUAUAUCAAAUUUAUUAUUUUAGUACAAAAAAAUAUUUAGAAUAUGGUUUUAAAUCAACACUUGUAUCUAAUGAUAUAUCAUGUGUACCUCCAGCUCGUUAUGCAGAAAGAUUUGCUAAUUUUAUUGCAAGCAACUUAAUUUUGUAAAAAAGUAAAUGA